AUGGUGAUGCGUCCCUUCAGAAAUAUCGCCAUCACGAAGCAGAAGCCGGGCUUCUCCUUCUCCAGAAAUGUCUCCACAAACACAUACACCCACCAGUUCUUCAACCCCAGCUACAUCAGCCCCAAGGACUUGAUCAAGGUUGACGAGGUCGGCUUCAACAGCAACACCUCGUCCCACGAGGCCAACCGCAGCAUCUUCAAGUACGUUGCUCCGGCGCUCUCGGUGACCAAGAACUAUGUCAUCUUCAACGCUUCCAACUCCGGCAACAACGAGCACGUCAACUCCCACGGCAAUAGAAACAACUACCUGCUUCAGCAGGAGGCGUCUGCCUUCAGGACGCUCGAGGAGAGCAACGACUACGACAAAAUCUUGUUGCGCAAGUUGAACCACAAGGGCAACAAGAACGGCCGCCUGAACAUCAGCAUCGACUCUGUCUCCCAGAACCAUACUGUCCUGAACAUCAGAAGAGCAAAUUCAAACAACAUCAGGAAGGUGGCGAUCCCAAAUAAGUCGCUAGUUGCCUCCAGAAACUUCUCGACAGACAACUUGGAAAAAAAGUUUGAAAGUUUGCAGAUCAAGGAUGCAUCCGAGGGCGUCAAGGAUACCGAAACCGCCAAUGAAAAGUCGGCUGCAGGGAACCACGUGAAGUUCCAACAGCUCAACGAUCAAGCCAACCGCACGUUUGAAUCCAUCGAUGAUGCCCUAGACACCUUCUUGUACACCGACCCUGUCAAGUCCCAAGAGGUCAUCGUCGACUCCAUGAUGUCGAUGGGGAAGUUCAACGAGGUCUUGCCGGUUUUCAUCAGAAUGAGAAACAAUGAAAUCAUCCCUUCGAUCGAGAUCUACAAUAAAGUCUUGAAAUCCAUCCAGCUCAGGGACACAGAUGAAACGUUGGAGACAAGACUGACCCAUUUGUUGAACACCUAUUCCGACAUGUUGUCCAAUAACAUCAAGCCAAACAAUGCUACCUACGAACUGAUCAUAGAUAACCUUGUCAAGGGAUCCAUCAAAUCGUACCAGCUCUCGAACUACAAGAACGGCUUCGAGUUCUUCAAGAUCGCCUUUGAACUAUUCCUGAUCAACCACAAAGAGUCAACCUCCUUGUCCAACACCUUCAAGAACAACAGCAUCUACAUCGAUCUUUUAACUUGCCUGAACUACUACAAAGUGAAAGAUGUGAUCACCCCUCAAAAUCUUUUCGAAAUCCUCAACAAGAGAAUCAUCUCCCAAAACCAGCAGCAUUUCCACAUCCAAAUGAUCAAGUUUUCCACAUUGUUCAAAGAUCUACAUUUCAUUGAAAACCUGUACAACACUGAAAUCAAGAGCGUGAAUUCUUUGCCAGCAAAGGCUUACAGCUAUCCAAACCAGGAUGCAGUCCAUCAACAGUUGAUUGAAUCGUACAACCUUUGCGGCGACUUCAAGAAGAGCACACUACUACUAGACACCAUUGUGAAUAAUAUUCCGGAUAAAGAGUCGUCUGCCUCACAACACUUGAUUUCCGAAUACCUUUCUAUUUUCUUGAGAUCGCAAAGUCUUGUCGAUCCAGUGCUGGCCUUCAAGUCACUCUACAAGUUCAACAACCUCAAGUGGCUACCUGCUGUCAGCAUUGAGAGCUUAGUCGUGCUGUCCUAUUCAUUUUUGAGGUUGAACGAGUUGCAAAUGGCGUUGAAAGUCUGGGACUUUGCUCUGUUGAGAAGUGACUUUGACUUCCAGAACAAAAGCUUGUGCUCGGACAAACACAGCGAUGAGUACUCAAUCUACAUUUGCAACUUCCACAACCAGCUCGUGACUGCCGUCCUCAACACUGGCGACAAAAACCUCAUUCUCAAGUCCGUCAGAGAGGUGUUGUGCAAGAACUCGUUGGUUUUGGACGACGCGCUUCUUGUGAACCUCGUUCGAUACCUCAACAUGGCGAAUGUCGGCAACGAGCUUGUUGUCAAGCUGACGCUGAACCAGGGGUACAAGAGAAUUAUAAGAGGGUCGUCUGCGGCUCCAACCAGCUCCGAACGCUCGUUGAGCAACUUCCUCUCCUUGGUCGUCGACUUCCUUCCCGUCGAGAGCCUGCUCACUGUUUUCAACAGCACUUUCUUCAAGAGAGUCGUUGAGGAGUACAGACUGGUGAACGACAACAUCUACGGCAUCUUGAAGAUGUUCGACACUGUGCAGAAGCAGCCCUCCGUUCUCGAGGAGAGCAACGUCAACGACAACACUCGUUUGAAGCUCAAGUACUACGCAAAGGUCUUAGACUAUGAGUUCGACGACGCAGACAACUGCUACGUCCAAAUCCCACCAGAAAUUGCCAACUUCAAACAGAACAUACAGCAAGUUACCCAAUACAAGGCUGGUAAGGCUUCUUUGUACACCCAAGGUAAGAGAAGAUAUGACCGGAAGCAAUCCGGUUACGGUGGUCAAACCAAGCCAGUUUUCCACAAGAAAGCCAAGACCACCAAGAAGGUCGUCUUGAGACUGGAAUGUGUCAGCUGUAAGACAAAGCUUCAAUUAGCUUUGAAGAGAUGUAAGCACUUCGAGUUGGGUGGUGAUAAGAAGCAAAAGGGUGCUGCAUUACAAUUCUAG